CAAACGCCAACACCAACAUCAACACUCGGGAACAAACCAACAACAAACUCGGCAGCAUCCUUCAACCCAGCACUGGUACUGAUAGCCUGCCCUGCGCACUUCCACACAACACACAUCACAAUGUCCGCCCGACCACAAGUUUCGUACCUUACCUCCACAUCUUCGGCUUCGUCAUACUCAUCCUCCGACUCCGACCUGUCUUCGACGUCAUCAGUCAGGCACAGCAUGGACUCGACACAACCCAUCGUCUCGGUUGAGGUGCUCCGGUGCCUAAGGUGCGCCCGCGCCGAAGAGAUCACCUCGACAGACGACCCCAGCUCCAUGGGAAUGGUCCAGAUUGGCACCAACAUCUACUACUGCAACCGCUGUGCCAAGAUGACCGGCUACAAGUGAAUCAACAAAAGCGGCCUGCCUUCUCGCAAUCUACUACCAUGGUUGGAAUUAAGUGGGAGUUGGCCACUUGGGAUCUACGCAUCACCUUCGCACAUGCGAAACACUCACAGCCUUCAGCAUCGCAGCGACAACGCUCGACCUGUUUAGCUGCUUCUUGGAUAUCAACUCGACAUUCCACGUUGCCUCGAGGUCGAAUAGAGGCGGAUUUUGAGAGUCUGGACCAGAGUGUCCUGAUCGAUCGACGCAAGUUCCGGCGAUCACUGUGGCAAUUUCCUCUUCGGCGGAUGUUUCCCUCCCGCAACACAGCCCACGACAUCUUUGCUACAGGCACUUGAAACACCGCCAUCCUCGCGGCGGCAACAAGUCCCAACCAUUGAUUGGUCUAUUCUGCGGACACGAAUGUCGACAUGCUAAUAUCCAUUCACAACCGCGACGCAUCCAGCCGGGCCGCCACAAAAAAAGGCGCCCAGCGCAAACAUAUGUCUGCAGCGGUCUUGCUUUCGACGACUAUGUUUUCAAGCUACUUUUACACCUUGUGUACCUCGGCUCGCCAACUAUUGUCCUCACACCGAGUGAAGUGCGAGCCAAGAGUAAAGAUUGAGGUCUUUGGAAUUCUCUCCGAGUUCCCGAGUCA